AUGCGGUUCACCUUUGUUCUUCUUGUCCUCUUUUUCGUCUUUCUGACACUGUCCAAUGGAGCACACUCACAUCAUCACAAGUGCUCUGAAAAAUUGUACUCGGCCCUCAAAAAGCUCUGCAGCUAUAGAGGAGAAAGCCAAUUUCUGCGAAAGUCUGCUGAAAAGUGUUGCGAACACAACUGUGAUAUCUCCGAUAUGAUGACCACUUGCAUGGUUACUCCUAGUUUUGACGAUGACCUACUUGAAUGA